CCGAAAGUGAAGGGAAGUCGUCGGGCGGCGGGGGAUCCCCGGGGCCGCUGGAGGCGGCAGCGCCCCUGCCUGGCGGGAAAAGACACGUAUGAGUGCUCGUGUGUGCGUCCCCCAGGUCCUCGGUCACGGUCCGUGACUUCGGGGCGCCGCCACGGAGCCCGUCCGGGCGCUGCCGCCCCGCCGCUCGUGCCCCGGGCAGGGCAGUCGCCGGCGAUGCUGUGCUGCAUGCCCGGCGUGGCUUUCGUCCCCGCUUUGCUCGUCAGCUGGUCCUCGGCCGCCUUCAUCAUCUCCUAUGCGAUCGCCGUGCUGGAGGGGCACGUCGAGCCCCUCGUCCCCUACAUCAGUGACACUGGAACAAAACCUCCAGAAAGUGGUGUCUUUGGUUUUAUGAUUAAUAUUUCAGCUCUUUUAGGUGUAAUUACAAUGUACAUCAGAUAUUUAUUAAUAGAGAAGCAAAAUGAGUCAUCGCGCUUUGUUAGGUCUUCGUGCAACAUGUUUUCAUUAUGUAUUGGAUUGAUGGGCUGUAUUGGAAUGGGCAUAGUUGCAACUUUUCAGGAGCUGGCUGUUCCCAGUGUCCAUGACAUAGGAGCUUUGGUGGCAUUUGGCUCGGGUGUUGUAUACAUUACACUUCAGUCUAUAAUCUCUUACAAGUCCUGUCCACGAUGGAACUCUUACUUUGUGUGUCACAUAAGGAUGGCUAUAUCUGCAAUAUCAUGCAUUGCUUUCAUUCCCAUGAUUGUGUUUGCUUCUCAGGUUUCCAUGACAAAAAUUGAUUGGACUCCAGGUGAAAAGGAUUACACUUAUCAUUUUAUGAGUGCAAUCUGUGAAUGGACGGUGGCCUUUGGUUUUAUCUUCUUCUUUUUAACAUUCAUUAGAGAUUUUCAGAGAUUUUCUUUGAGGAUAUCAACAGAAAUACAUGAAGACUCCUGGUAGUGAAAAGUAAAAAUAUUUUAUAUCUAUGAAUAUUCUAGGUUUCUUUUUACUCAUAGA